GAAGAAGACUCGGCUCUUCUCGCACCUGUCCUCUCUGUCUCCAAACGGAACAGUCGCGCAGUUUUUGGAGCGCGAGCGACGCUUUUUUUUUUUCUUUUUACACACACACACACACACACUCACACACACUCACAGUGUCGCCACAGACACCAGCAGCAGCAUGACUUCGUCCUACAGCCUGGAUUUCCUGCCUGAGAUGAUGGUGGAGAGUCGCCUGCUCGUCCCCGCGGACAGACUUAACGGCACGGCCGGGAAGAUGAACGGCGCGCUGGAGCAUUCGGACCAACCGGACCCGGACGCCAUCAAGAUGUUUGUGGGCCAGAUUCCGCGCUCCUGGUCAGAGAAGGAGCUGAAGGAGCUGUUUGAGCCGUACGGAGCCGUUUACCAGAUCAACAUCCUCCGAGAUCGCAGCCAGAACCCUCCACAGAGCAAAGGAUGCUGUUUUGUCACGUUUUAUACGAGGAAAGCCGCCCUUGAAGCCCAGAAUGCACUGCACAACAUAAAGACCUUAACAGGGGUGAGUGUGUCCUCAAUUCUCCUCUAAUCACACAUUUCCAGCAUAUCACCCUGAGGCGGCCCCGCC